AUGGUGCUGAAGGUAAUGUACGUGAUCGAGCUUCUGGAUGCCGACGACGGUGGAAUCGAACUGGUCGAUCCAGCAUGGAGUGAGUUUGGACUAAUUCCGAGACUUUUCAGCUGGCGAAAAAGGGUCGGAAACGGUCACUGGGACCGAUUUUGACGUGAACAUCAGUGAUGUGCAUUCGGAGUUCAGCGAGUAUUCGACCAUCAGUCGGAAAUCGACUUCUGCCAUCGGUUCGACUGACUUUUUUUUGGAAAAAUUUUGGGAAAAUGCCAUUUUUAAGAUGAUUUUUAAUGGUUUUAUGCCCAUUUUUUGACUUUUUUAGAUAUUCUAGGGUUAGUACUAUAUAGUACGAGUUAUGUUUAACCAGUACUAUGCUUUCUCUACUUAUUUUUUGCUAUUUUAACGCUAAAAAUGGCACAAAAAAACCAAAAAGUUUGGAAAAACUUUGAAAAAAUCUUAAUUUUUAGGUAACAAAUUAAUCUUAAAUUUGUUUUUUAGAUUUAAAAUUGUAGGUUUAGAUAUAAAAAUUGUAUUUUCAGGUCCAGAAGAAGGUCCACCACGAAAAAAGAUCAAAUCCCCACCGGCAAUCUCGCCCACCGGCUCAUCGACCAGCUUAUACAGUGGGGGGUCCAGUAUCGAUUGGAGUAAGUACUAAACUUUAAUUUUUUGAAAUUUUGAUAUAUUUUAGCGUAUUUUAGAUUAUUUUUUUGUUGUUGUUUUUUUUUUAUUAUUGUAAAUUGAAGGGUAGAAAAGUCUUGUCGCAAAUUUACACUGUUUUUAACGUUAAAAAACGACAUGACUUUUUUUGAAGUUAUUAAGGGUUUUGGUUAUUGUAUUUUACAUUUAAAAACUACCUUAUUACUAAACUUUUGUGCUUUUAAAAUUAUUUUUAUUAAAAAUUUUAAAAAAAUUUUGAAAUUAAAAUUUUUUAAAAUUUUUAAAAUUUCGAAAAAAAAAGUUUAAUAUAAAAAUUUCAGCGACAACCGGUACCACGCUUGAUAUGCAAGGUACCCGAGUGACACGAACACAAUAUGGAUUCAGAACGCUACAGGAAUCCUCAGCCAAAAUGUGCUUAAAAGUCACUGGAUAUCCUCUACCAGAAAUCACAUGGUAUGUCACUUUUACUUAGAUAUUUUUGAGUUUGGGUGGGGGAUUUUGGAAGAAGGGACGAUGAGGGGGCUAGGGUAUGGAUUGGAUGAGGUUGGGUUAUCAACUGCAGGGGGGUUAGUAGGGUAGGAUAAGGUAGGGUAGGGUAAAUUAAGGGUAGGGCAGGGUAGGUUAAGGGAGAGCAGGGUGAGGUAGGGUAGAAUAUCAUAGAGUAAAGUAUGAUAAGGUAGGGUAAGGUAAUGUAAAGUAAGAUAAAUUAAGAGAGGAUAAAGUAAUUUUUUUGUUUUAAAAUUUUUUUAAUUGCAAUUUUUAUAAAUUUUUAAAUAAAAAUGGCACUUUAGGUACAAGGAUGAUGUUCUCUUGAAAGAAGACGAACGCCGAACAUUCUACGCCGAUGACGAUGGUUUCUUCGCCAUGACCAUCGACCCAGUUCAAGUAGGUUACCUUCUACUACAAUAUUGUACUCGAUUUUCGUUUAAUACUAGCUUUAAUAAACCAUUGGUAGUCAGUAAAUUCAAUUACUCAACCCAUACUUCACCUUCUUUCAGGCCACAGACACAGGUCGCUACACAUGCGUAGCCACGAACGAGUACGGUCAAGCCUCGACCUCCGCCUUCUUCAAGGUCCUGAAGGUGGAGAAGGAAGCCGCGCCACCAGCCUUUGCCAACUCUUUGCGGGAUCAGGAGUGCAAGGAAGGUGACGUCGUGAACUUUGAGUGCGAGGUGGAGGGAUGGCCCGAGCCGGAGUUGGUGUGGCUAGUCGAUGAACAACCGCUUCGACCCUCACACGACUUCCGACUACAGUAUGAUGGGCAGAAGGCGUCGUUGGAGAUCCGUGAUGCUCAACCCGAUGAUACUGGAAUAUAUGCUGUUAGAAUCACAAAUGAAUUUGGUACCAAAGAGACCAAUGCCAAACUGGUGGUACAACCAGACCCGGACAAGAAUCAUGUCGCUCCGGAGUUUCAGGUAAAGACUAAGGGUGUUUUGGGGUUAUGUAGAUGGGGGAGACCUACUACAAUGUUGGAAUGGUUAGGGGUACCGCUGGGUUAAGGUAGGGUAAAGAAAGGUAGAGUAAGGCUAUGGUUAUACUGUAGGGUAGGAUAAGAUAAGAGAGGGAAGGGUAGGGUAGGAUAUCAAAGAAUUGGGUAGAGUAAGGUGAAGAACAUAAAGAGGUAUGAUUACUGUAGGGCAGGGCAUGGUAUGAAAUGUAGCUUAGGGUAAAGUAGGGUACAACUUUGGACAUAUUGAGGCAAGGAGGGGUAUGCGGAGGGGGGGGGGUAUAGUAGUCCAAAGCAAUAUGGCUAUGGUAUUACCAGGCAAGGUAGGAUAGGGUAGGGCUAGGGUAAGGUAGAGUAGGGUAGGGUAGGGCGGGGUAGGGUAGGGUAGGGUAAGGUAGAUUAGGGUAGGGUAAGGUAACAUAGGGUAUAGUAGUGUGGGGUAGGACAUGGUAAUACUUUUUUAUAGGCUUUCUCUCAUCUUAAAAUAGUAAAAAUGAAACUUUAGUCGCAGUUAUAACAGUUAUGUACAAUAUAACAAGAACGAGCCACUGACCCAAUAUUACAUAUUGUAGGCCGUGACCGAAGACGUUGAAUGCGACGAAGGUGACACAGUCAAAUUCAAAGCUGUCAUAACCGGAGACCCAGAACCGGAAAUUGCUUGGUACGUGAAUGGCCACCCAUUGACAGCAUCAGAAAAGAUUAAAUUCAUAUCAGAAGACGGUAUCUGCAUCGUCACCAUCAAAGACGUCUCACGACACUUCGAUGGCACUGUCACUUGUGAGGUGAGUAUUCAAUUGGGGUUUUUUAAAUUUUACUUUGCUUUUGAAUUUUUUUAAUUUUCGAUUUUAAAAAUUUUGAAUUUUGGCUUUUGAGGGUAAAAUACGACAACUGGCGGGCCGUUUACAGUAUUUUUUGAUUUUAUUACAUGAGUCCCACCACGAAAACAUGAAAAAUUCCAAAACCUUUAUUAAACUGUUUUGUUUUGAGUACAAUACGUUCGUUUUUCAUAGUUUAAACUUGAUUUUCAUAUUACUUUUUGAUAAAUUUCUAAAAAUAUUUUGGGUCCCACCACGAAAACAUCGAAAAUACCAAAGCUUUUGUUGAUUAGACUUUUUUGAGUAAAAUACGAAAUUUCAAGUAUAAAAUGUGUUUUCAUAUCAUUUUUGGUAAAUUUCUAAAUAUAUUUUAGGUCCCACCACGAAAACAUGAAAAACUUAAAAACUUUCAAUAUUUAGACAUAUUUUAUGAAAUACGAUAGUUUUAUACACUACACUAUUUUUAGAAUAUUUCAAUAUUUUUUGCAGCAAUUUUUAACUUUUUUUUCGAAAUUUAAAUUUUAAAAUUUCGAAAAGUUUUUGUUUUCGAAAAGAGCUUUAUUUAUAACAAUUUAUAACUAAUUUUAAUGCACUUUUUGGCUUUUAUUUAUCUCAAACGCCCGAACCGAUCCAUGAAAGCCGACAGGUGCCCCCGGAGAAUGUUUUAAAAAAAGUAAAAAAGGCAUUCCAUCGCCUACGCAUCCAGUUUUGCCCUCAGGGGCUUUUCGGUGCGAAAAUAAUUGAUAAAACCAGAAAUCAGGGCAAAAUUGAAAUGAAAUGGCAAAAAAAAUUUUAAAUAUAUUAAUUUGCUAUAUAUUUCAUAAUUUUCAAUGAUAAUACUUUGUUCUUAUGGUUGAUUUUAGUUAAAUAAAGUAAGAUGGAAACAUUUUGGCGUAUUUUACAUUAAAACCAUGUCUUCGUAGUGGGACCUAAAUUUAAACCAAAAGCCAAAAAUUAGGAAAAAACACACUUAAACCUACUAAAAACCAUUAUCAUGCUAUGUAGUAUAAAAAUAAGCUUAAAAAUUCAUUUUGAGAGUUUUCGUGGUGGGAGUCAUCUUAACUGAAGAAAAAGUGAAAUAACCUAACUUAAUUUCCUCGAAAGACACAUUUUGUUUAAUAGUAUAUGAAAAAAUGAAUAUACAUAUGAAACUGUUAUGAAAAAUUUCAAAAUUACUCUCAAAAUGACCCUUUAAAACUAAAAAGUUCGAAAUUUUAGGGUAAAAACCGGCUGGGAACAACGACUUGUGAUGCGCGCCUUAAGGUCCGCGUUCCCCCACUACCACCACAGUUCGACCGACCAUUGGAGGACCGAAUCGUCACCGAAAAGUCGGCCGUCAUGUUCGAGGUGGACGUGAGCGGCUACCCCGACCCCAAGGUCGAGUUCUUCCUCAAGGGCAAGAAGCUGGAGGACGGUGUGAAUGGAGUAGCCAUCGUACAACGCGACAACUACUACAAGGUCACCAUUCAGAACUGUUCUCUUACCGAGCACGAUGGCGAGGUGUUGGCCCGUGCCAUCAACGAGCACGGUCAAGCCGAAAGUCGAGCACGUUUGGUGGUGGAGCCGGAGGAAGAGGACUCGAGAAGUGCUCCCACCUUCCUCAAGGACAUUGAGGACCAGACCGUGAAGAUGGGCGAGAAGGCGACCUUCACAACUUGCGUUAAAGGCAGCCCCAACCCCACCGUGAGUUGGUUCAUCAACGGCGAGAAGCUCGAAGCCAACAACGAGCACGUAAAGAUCGACGUCAACGGAAGCGACCACAAACUGGUUGUGGAUUCGUCAAAGUACGCCGGCACAGUGUUGUGCAGAGCUGAGAAUCCAAUUGGCCGUUUCGAGACCAAAGCACGGUUGAUCGUGCUACCGUUGGAGAAGAAGAAGAAGGCUCCGGAAUUCGUUCAGCCCCUCACCGACGUCACCGAACUCCAAGGCAACACGGCCGUCUUCGAAGUCACCGUGGACGCCGAACCCAAGGCUACAUUAACCUGGAAGGUGAACGGUGUCACCGUGACCGAGAACGAAAAAUUCAAAUUCCGUGAAUUCAACGGAAGCUCAAAACUCGAAAUUCACAAUAUUGAUCUCAACGAUGUGGGCACGGUGACAUGCACCGCCACAAACUCAGAAGGCGAAGCAACGUGCCAAGCCAAACUCAACAUGAACAGAAAGGAACAGAAGCCGAUUCUGAAGAAGAAGCCCCAGAAUCAGACCGUGCCCAUCGGCCAACGUGUCACAUUCGAAGCACAAGCCGACGCCGUUCCCGCGGCCGAAUUCACCUGGUACAUUGACGGUAAAAAGGUGUGGAACUCGACGCAGGGCACGACGAUAGAAACAGAUUCACAGUCGGGUAGCACGAAGCUUCACAUCGACACGAACGUGCUUCCGAACCCAGCCACCAUCGUGAUUGUAGCCGAAAAUAAACUAGGUACAGAUGAGGGCAUGGCCCAACUCUUUACUACACAAGCUACAGAUGACUCGUCAAAGUUUGAACACGAGAAGCUACGUGAAUCCGCUCAAUUCAACGUAAGCUCGGAUUCUGGAGAACCAACCACAACAAUUUCACACGAGAAACUUCAAGAAGGUGGCCGAAACGUCAUCUCGUUCGAAGCCGAAGAAGAACCCUAUCGUCGUGAAUCCAUCGAACGCUUCGAAGAGCACGCCCACUCCAACGUACAGCACGGCACCGGCUUCGACCAGCUACAACAAGCCCAACAACAACUCGUAAUGCAGAAGGAGCUCUUUAACCAACGAGUCCAACGUGGACAUCAAGCACAGUUUCAGACCAACGUCCAGAACGCCGACAAUGUGCGCUGGUUCAUGGGUGAUCAGCUACUGGCCCAAGGCACGCCAGGCAUCAGAUUCCCUCAAGGAGCGCCGAACGAACACAUUCUGAUCAUCGAAUCGGCCCAAUCAUCCACAACCAUCAAGUUCGAAGCCGGUUCAGGUGACAAUCAGAUCCAAAGCCUAGCCAGGCUUGACGUAGCUGAUCGUCCCACCUUCUCGCACGGUGGCCUAAACCCAGUAGUUAAGGUGGAAGAAGGUCAACCAGUAGUACUCAAUGUCAAGUUCACAGAAGAAGCCAAGAUCAACUGGAGCUACAACGACAAGCCAAUCAUUGAAGCCGUUCCAGGAGCUCAGGUCACGACAGAGCACGGUGAAUCUAUUCUGAGGAUCCCAGAAGCCAAACCAGACAUGAACAAUGCCGUUCUAGGUGUGACGGCCGAGAACGAGUUCGGCAAAGCGUCGGAAGAGACGAAGCUAGUCGUAGACAAGAAGGGCGAACCACCAAAGAUCACCAAGGGACCACCCAACAAGUCGGUACACGAACACGAAGUGGUACUCUUCUCAGCCGAAGUCAGCCAAGUCCAGCCCACACCUCAGGUCGAGUGGAGGGUGAACGGUGAGCUCGUGACGCCACAGAAUCCGACCUUCGCCCUCAGUCAAGUCGGUAAUCAGUACAUGCUAAGAGUGAACGAUGCCUCCAUGAAUCACACUGGCAAUGUUACAGUAACCGCGAAGAACUCGGCCGGCGAAGACUCGGCCCAAUCCACAUUCGAAGUCAAGAAAAAACAGAAGCCGCUACCCAGCUUCAAACAAGACCUACCAGGCGAUUUGAACGCCAAAGAAGGCGAACCUCUGAAGGUCACCGUGAACGCUCCGAACGCCGAUCAAAUCAACUGGUCGUUGAACGGUCAACCGUUGAAAGACGGCCAAAACGGAGUGCAAAUCAAUCAGAACGGCCCCGAAUCCAUCCUCAACAUACCAUCCGUAUCCAAAGAUCACGCCGGAAAACUGGGCGUGGAGGCGGUGAACGAAACCGGAAAACAGAAUUCAGAUUCCAACCUCAACGUCACGCCCAAAGGCUCCCCACCAAAGGUCACGGAGUGGCCGAAAGGAGCUCAAGUCACGGAGAAAGAGACGGUCCAGUUCUCGGCCGUUAUCACUGGCGAGCCAAAGCCCGAAGUCCAAUGGGUCGUUAAUAACAAGGUCGUCCCAGCUUCGGCCGACAACUUUGUUCUCUCGGACGAUGGCAAUCGCUACACACUCACCGUGAAAGACACGAAACUGGAGAACGGUGGAGAAGUCAGAGUCGAGGCCAAGAACAUUCAUGGUUCAGAUAAGGCCGCCGCCUAUUUGGAAAUUAAGCCGGCUCCAAAACCACCAAUAUUCAAACAGAAGCUGAAUGAUGCCAAUGUUGACGAAGGUAAACCAGCUACAUUUACGGUAACAUUGGAGAAUCCAACUCCAGAUACCAAGGUUACUUGGAGUUUGAAUGGAAAACCAUUGGAAAACGGACCUAAUGCUCAGGUAAGGACAGGGUUUUGGACUUCAUAAGGCUUUGAGAAGGUUGUUUAGGGGAAAACUAAGUCUUGAAGACAAUAUUUUAGGUAUUAAAAGGCUCAAUUAGACUCAAACAUAAGGCUUAAUGAUAUUGUUUUAGGUUUUAAAGGCUUGAAAACAGUCGUUUAGACAAAAACAAAGCUUACAUAAACCCUAUUUUAGGCCUUAAAAGCUUUUGAAACGGUUAUUUUAAACAAAUCUUAGGUUUAAAAACCUUAUUUUAGGUAUUAAAAUCUGUAAAAACAUUAUUUUAGCCUUUAAAAGUUUGAAAAAAGGUCUUUUUGACUAAAAAUCGAGCUUCUAAAACAAUAUUUUAGGUGAUAAAGGCUAAAAAAAGCUAGGAAAAUUAGAUUUUUUUAUAAAAUAAUCAACUGUCAAGCAAUAAUCAUGCUUUUUCUACCUAAAACAAUAUCAAAAACAUUGAAUUUCAAACAUUAUUUUAGGUAAAAAACCGUAAAAUAAGCUAGGAUCUUUUGAUUUUUAAGAAAAUAUUCAACUAAAAAGGAAUAAUCAAGCCUUUCCUACCUAACAUAAUAUCAAAAACCUCUAAUUUCAGACAUUAUUUUAGGUAAUAAACCCUAUUUCAGAUAACCGACAACGGAAACGGAACUUACACAUUAACCAUUCCAAACGCGACUCCAGACAUCGCCGGCAAAGUCGCGGUAAAAGCCGAGAAUCCAAUCGGAGCCAACGAAUCCGAUGCCAAUCUGAACGUGAAGCCAGCCCUGAAGCCACCAAUCUUCAAACAAGGCCUCGGCGAUCAGAAUGUAAACGAAGGAAAGCCGGGCCAAUUCACGGCCGUCCUCGAGAAUCCCACGCCCGACACUCGAAUCACCUGGCUUUUGAAUGGGACACCCAUCCAAAAUGGGCCAAAUGCUCAGGUACGACAAUAUCGACUGGGUUUUUGAUGUCUUAUGAGUCAAGUUUAUGGCCUGUGGGUAGUGUAACAAAAGUUUAUUGACUUCCAGAUGUUGUUUUAGGUUAGGAAAGUGGAGUUUUUGAUAAGCUGGAGGUUGGAAACUUGAGUUUCUGUGGGUUUUUAGGUAUAAAACUUGAUUUUCUAUAUUGUUUUAGGUCUAAAACUUGAUUUUCUUCGAUUUUUUAAGCUUAAAACUUUUUUUUUAAAUUUUUAUUUGCCUAAAACAUGAUUCUCUAUGCUUUUUUAGGUGUUAAACUUAAGUUUCUUCAAUGUUUUAGGUAUAAAAUGAAAUUUGUUGAAGAAUUCUAGCCAGAAGACUCAAUUUUUGAAUGAUCUUUCCUCAAAAAUGCCAUUUUUCAAUAACCCAGACCUUAAAUUUUAUCAAACUUUAUUCACCAAAUACCAAGAUAAUUAAAUUUCACACCUAAAAACCAAAACUUUCAGAUCUCGGACAACGGAAACGGCACCUACACCCUCAACAUUCCAUCCGCCACCCCUGACCAGACCGGUAAAAUCUCGAUUAAAGCCGAGAAUCCGGCCGGAUCCAACGAUUCCAACGCCAAUCUCAACGUGAAGCCGGCUCUAAAGCCACCAAUAUUCAAACAAGGCCUUACUGACGCCAAUGUGGACGAAGGAAAACCGGCUACAUUCACCGUGACGCUGGAGAAUCCAACUCCAGAUACGAAGUUGACUUGGUUCUUGAAUGGAAAUCCAGUUCAGGCUGGUCCGAAUGCUCAGGUAAGAGUGGUAUACUAGUAAAGGGGCUUUUUGGGGACUGGGGAUGUUGUUGUAGGCUUUUCUUUGAAAUUUAAAUUUUUUUCUGGUGCCUAUGUCAAUAUUUUUACCUUAAAAAUCCAUAAAAAACCUAAAAAAUCCCAAUUUCAGAUCUCCGACAACGGAAACGGAACCUACACCCUAACCAUCCCGAACGCCACACCCGACCAGUCGGGUAAGGUCAGUGUGAAAGCCGAGAAUCCAGCUGGCGCCAACGAAUCCAACGCCAACCUGAACGUGAAGCCGGCUCUAAAAGCACCCAUCUUCAAAGCCAAUCUCACUGAUAAGACUGUCAAUGAAGGACAGCCGAUCAGGUACGAUGUUGCUCUAGAGAACCCGACUCCUGACACCAAGCUGACUUGGCUUUUGAAUGGGAAACCGUUGGAGAAUGGGGAUCAGUGUCAGGUAAGGCUACUGAGUGCCAUGCCUACAUAGGGUUUAUUAUAUUGUGUUAGAUAUCAAUGAUUAUGUUGUUCAAAUAAUUCUGUGCCCCUCAUUUUUGAAAUUGUUGUCUUUGUGUUCUUUCAAUGCGUUGAGGGGGCACAGAAUUAUUUGAACAACCGAAUAGAUAUAUUAUUAUAUUCUUCUCAAUUCAAUAUCUCCACAACAACAAUAUCCCUUGAUCCACAGCUUCACAUAUCAUCUUUUUAUACCUAAACUUAUAUUCCCCACCUUUAUCACUUUUUAUCACUCUAAAUCAUCAAAAUCCCCCACUCUCGACCACCGGAACAUUAAAAACCACACACUUUGCAGAUCGCGGACCAUGGCGAUGGCACCUACCACCUGACCCUGUCCCACGCCACCCCCGACAUGAACGGUCAGCUCACGGUGAAAGCCGAGAACCCGGCCGGAACCACUGACUCAUCAGCCAAAAUCGAAGUUAAAGUAGCCGGAGACAAGCCCAAGUUCAGUAAAGUACCUCAAGAUGCGGAGACGGAGGAGGAUGCAUCAGUCAAGUUCAGUGCCUAUGUCAGUGGAAAGCCAAGCCCCAAGGUGACAUGGUAUCUGAAUGGAGAAGAGGUCAAGGACAGCGAUGUGAUCAGGGUUAAGCACGAUGCUGAAAGUGGAAAAACUUCCAUCAGAAUCUACAAACCUACCAUUCCGCAGGUAAUUUUGAAUUUAAAGAUAUCAAAGGCCAUUUUUGGUGAUAAGAGGAUAUUAUGUAGGCUAUAGUUAUAAGAAAAGGCUAGAAAAAGUCGUAUUUUAAAGAAAAUUGGAGAUAAAUGCAUGUUUAGCGCUUAAAACAUAUUGUAGUAGGCUGUAGUUAUCGUAAAACACAAGGAAAGACCGUAUUUUACCAUACAUUAGGUUGUUCAAAUAAUUCUGCACCCCCUCUCAAAACAAAUCUUCGCUAUUCGGAGGCUCAGAAUUAUUUGAUCAACAAUAAUAUUAUGUGUAAAAGUAAAAAACACUAAAUUUCAGAGCGGCACAGUCAAGGUCGUAGCCGAAAACGAGCACGGCCGAAUCGAAGCCCAAGCCAACCUCACAGUCAGCAAGAAACGUGACAUUCCCGAGUUCAUGACCGACAUGUCCGAUCGCCAGAUCAACGAAGGCGAGAGUGCCAAGUUCGUGACCCGAAUCGUCGGCUACCCCGAGCCCGAGGUCACAUGGACAAUCGAUGACAAACCCAUCUCAGCCAACAACAUCAAGGUAUCAGCCUCAGGCGAUACCCACACAUUAGAGAUCACUGAUGCCAAGAUAGAACAGACUGGUGAGGUAUCAUGCGCGGCUACAAACUCUAAAGGAACGAAGAAACAGAACGCUCAACUCAUCGUGAAAGAGGUCGGCCGUGCCCCACUCUUCAUCCGAAACCUCGAGGACAAGCUGGUGGACGAACGUGAGACGGUGGUAAUGCUGGCCGAACUCGACCCCAAAGUGAAGCCGAAGCCAACAGCUUCAUGGUUCAAGGAUGGCCAACCUCUCGUCUCAGAUGACCAUAUCAAGGUGGAGAUCAGCGAGAACGGCCAAUGCAAGCUCAUGAUCCUCCAGGCUCAACUCACGGACAAAUGCCGAAUCAGCAUCAAGGCCGAGAACCAGUACGGUACGGCCGAAACCGCCGCCAGCAUCGCCGUCCAACGCAAACAGAUGCAGUCCAAACCCCAGUUCUUAUCAGAACUCCAACCCUUGGUGAUCCAAGAAGGUGACAGUCUCCAAACCAGUAUCCUUAUCAGUGGAAACCCAGUACCAAACGCCAAGUGGUACAUCAACGACCAGCUGGUGUGCCAAACCGAAGACACGGAGAUCAAGAACGAGAACGGUGUCUACUCGCUUGUUAUCCAUGGCUGCACCACCGACAUGACUGGCAAGAUCAAGGUCACCGCCGUGAACAGAAUGGGCGAAGUCAGCACGGAAGGCAAACUCACCGUGAUCGCCCCGAUCCCAGUCGAAUUCGAGACAUCGUUAUGUGAUGCAACGUGCCGUGAAGGAGAUACCCUCAAACUGAAGGCUGUCCUAGUAGGAGAACCCAUGCCAGACGUAACGUGGUACGUCAAUGGCAAAAAGCUGGUCGAAUCACAGAAAAUCAAGAUUCACGCCGAGAAGGGAACGUACACGGUAACCAUCAAGGACAUUACCAUGGAUUACUCCGGUAAAGUACUGUGUGAAGCCGUCAACGAAUUCGGAAAAGCAUCAUCAGAAGCCAUGUUGAAGGUACUACCUCGCGGUGAACCUCCAGACUUCCUAGAAUGGCUCUCGAACGUGCGUGCCCGUGCCGGAAGCAAGGUGGAGCACAAGGUCGUCUUCACCGGCGACCCGAAACCAGUACUAUACUGGUACAUCAACAACAAGGAGGUGAAGGAUGGAGUCGAUGGAAUCACCAUCAAAACCACCGACAACACCUCCAUCCUCACCAUCAACAGCUUCAACCCCGAAGCUCACGUCGGAGAGAUCAUCUGCAAGGCCGAGAACGAUGCCGGCGAAGUAUCGUGCACGGCCAACAUGAUCCUGUACACCUCGGACAUGGUCUCGGAAUCAGAAUCUGACGCCUUCGCCGAAGACCGACUCGAAGACUUCAAAGAAGACACUCGCGAAGAACUGACACGAACCCCGACACCAGUCAUGGCACCGUCCUUCAUCACCAAGAUCAAGGAUACCACCGCCAAGAAGGGACACCAAGCCAUCUUCGAGUGUGUCGUCCCCGACACCAAGGGCGUGUGCUGCAAAUGGCUCAAGGAUGGCAAGGAAAUUGAACUCAUUGCCAGAAUCAGAGUCCAACAAAGAACCAUCGAUGGCCAUAUUGCGAACGAACUUAUCAUCGACGAUGUUUUACCUGAAGAUGCUGGUAAAUACACCGUUGUUGUGGAGAAUACUGCUGGAAAAGAUCAAUGUGAAGCUACUUUAACUGUUAUUGGUAAGUUAUCAAACCUUUGGAUUGGGGAAAAUAUGAAAAAAUUGAAAUUUUUAUAUUAUUCAUGAUCUUCUUCGAUAAAAAUCUUUUUAAAACUUUAUUCUUGUGACGUUUUUAAACUAAAUAUAGAUUUAAAAUAUAAAAAACGUCCCAAAGAAUGUUAUUAAUAAGCUACGAAAGCAAAAACCUUUAUAAAAUACCGAAAAUCUCAAGUUUCAUCAAAAUUAUAUUACACUAGAUGGUGAAUGUCACAAAAUCAUAAAAAAACAACAGUCAAACCAAAUUUUGUCAAUCAAAAACAUACCUAAAAUAAAAACCACAUAUUAUAGAUGCUCUCGAGAAGAAGGCACCAGAAAACAAGGCUCCAGAAUUCACGGUGAAGCUCCAAGACAAGUCCACGCCACUGAAGGAGAAAGUCGUCCUGGAAUGCAAGGUUACCGGCGUCCCAGAGCCCGCUAUAGCCUGGUUCAAGGACAACAAGCCAGUAGCUGAAACUGGAGAACCAAUCAAGGUUGAAAGCAAACCAGACGGAACUCAAGUUCUUAUCAUUGAAUCGGCUCAAGUGUCGAGUCAAGGUGAAUAUAAGUGUGUGGCCAAGAAUGACGCUGGAGAAGCCAAGACUGAAGCCAAGGUUACUGUUGAAGGUAAAUUUUACUUUAUUUUCACCGUAGUUUGAUUUUUGGUUAUUGGACGAAAUGUCACUCAAUUAUCGGAAAAUUAGACGAAGUGUCAAAAAUUUAUUGGAUUAUGGAAUAUCGUUUGUUUUCGGCCGUUUUUGGUCUUUUUUCGACAAUUUUAUGAUUGAAUUUGAAGUUUAGCACAAAGUUUUGAUUUUUUUUUCACAUAAAAAUGUAAAAUUUUUUGAUAUUUAUACCCGUUUUUAAAGUUUUACCUCAGGUUUUGUCUGGUUAUACCCGUUUUUUGCCACUUUAUCCACCUCACAAUCGCACAAAUUUUAGCACAACCUCCACUAUUCACCAAGCCUUUAUCGGACAAGGAAAUCAAGGUUGGAGAAACGAUUAUUCUCGAAUGUAGUGUCACCGGAACACCUCAACCGAACGUUGAGUUCUAUUCGGUUGUGGACAAUGUUCGUCUUCAAAGUGGCACUCGUGUCGCUGUUCAACACGAUGCCUCCAACACUCACUGGAGGUUGGUGAUCAAAGAUACCAAGGAAAACGACCUCAGAGAGUACAAGGCUGUGGCUAAGAAUGCCGCAGGCGAAGUGACCUGUCAAUGUGUAGUUAGGGCUUCUGGACCGAAGAUGGAGAAGCCAAAGAUCACAGACGGUCUGAAGCAGACCAAGGUGAAGGAAGGAGAGACCACAGAGAUGGGCGUGAAGGUCGCUGUGAACCCAGAAGUCCAACCUGAGGUGGAAUGGUUCAAGGAUGGUAAGAAGAUUGAGCCAGAAGCCGACCAUGUCAAGAUUCUCUCCGAUCACGCUACCGGAAGCUACGUGUUGAAGGUGUUGAACGCUCGUGCUUCAGAUGAAGGUGAAUAUACUGUGAAGGUGACCAACAAGGCUGGAUCAGAUCAAUCUGAAGCCAAGAUGGCGGUCGAGAAGGAAGAGUUCGUGGCUCCAGAAUUUGUUCAGCCUCUAGAAGGCUUGGAAGUGGCCGAACACGAUACGGCCGAACUAAAGGUACAAGUUACUGGAAAGCCCCAGCCAGAAGUCACUUGGCUCAAGGAUAACACUCCAAUCAACAUUGACAACAGUCAUGUGAUCAGAAAGGACGGCGCUCAAGGAGAACAUUCGCUCACGAUCAAGGACGUUCAACUGGCUGAUGCUGGCAAGUACUCAUGCCAGGCUGUCAACAAGGCAGGCCAAGCUGAGACUAAGGCCAACUUUGGAGUUCAGGAAGAAGCUGAAGCUCCUAAGUUCAUUGAAGGUCUGAAGCCAGUAGAGAUCAAGGAAGCCGAAACGGCCAAGUUCGAUGUUGUAGUAGCUGGAAAGCCUGAGCCAGAAGUUCAGUGGUUCAAGGACGGAAGACCAGUCCAGUUGGAUGGUGAACAUGUUAUAGCUUCAAAGUCUGCUGAUGGUAAACAUUCUUUGACAAUCAAGGACGCCAGGAACGUUGAUGCUGGUACUUAUAGUGCCAAGGCUGUUAACAAAGCCGGCUCUGAUGAAUCCAAGGCUAACCUUGGUGUUAUUGAAGACGUUGAAGCUCCAGAAUUCAUCAAACCACUAGAAGAUCUAGAAGUCAGUCCAGCCGACUCAGUGAAACUCGAAGUCAAGGUUGUUGGCAAGCCAGAGCCAGAAGUGGCGUGGACCAAGAACGGUGAGCCCGUUCACAUCGACAACCAACACAUUGUCAGCAAGAAGGAACAAGAUGGUACACAUAGUCUGACGAUCAACGAUGCUACCACAGCUGACGCCGGUACCUAUUCGUGUCAAGCUACGAACAAAGCCGGAAGGAAGGAGAGCAUCGGCCAACUCAAGUUCGGCCAAGAAGGUCAAGAACAACAAGGUGAAGAUGUGGCUCCGAUGUUCAUCGAGCCUCUGAAGCAGUUGAACAUCGAAGAAGGCAAGCCGACCGAGCUGAUUUGUAAGGUGAAUCCGGAGUCGAAGCCAGAGAUCAAGUGGUUCAAGGACGGUCACGAAGUGAAGCCAACUCAGAACUUGGUACUAGAACAGUCAGAGGAUGGUACCAUCAAACUCAAGAUUCUGAAGGCGACUUCAGAAGACGUCGGCGAGUAUCGUUGUGAAGCCGUCAACAAAGCCGGUGCCGACAAGACCAUUGGUGCACUAAAGUACGCCCAAAUCUCGACAAUUGAAGGCCAAGAAGAAGAGGCCGGCUUCAUCGGCUUUGAGAAGGAGUUACAAGAUCAAACAGUUCAGAAGGCCAAGGAAACCCUCUUCGAAUGCAAACUUGACGAAGCUACGGCCAAGAACCCAGAUGUCCAAGUGGAAUGGAGCAAAGAUGGUACCCCAUUGUCCAAAGGUAGUCCCAAGAAGAACGCUGAUGGCACAUUGACGCUGAAACUAGAGGAUACUCAGAUCGAGGAUUCCGGAAAGUAUCAAUGUACGGUAAAAGCCAAGGAUUCAGAAGCCUUUACGGCCGCCUCUCUCACUGUCACUGGUAAUUUUUACUUCUUCAACACUAUUCUUUGGUUUUGAAUUUUGAGUGCAUAUUCGACACUUUUUUCAUGUCAUGAUGACAUUUUUUUAGCGUCAUAAUGACUCUUUUAAUGUCAAGAUGACACUUUUUAAAUGUCUUGACGGCAAUUUUUUAAGGUCAUAAUGACACAUUUCCAAUGUCAUGAUGACAACUUUUUAAUGUCAUUGUGACUCUUUUUUAAUGUCAUAAUGACGCCUUUUAAAUGACAUGAUGACAUCUGCAAUAUCAUAAAAAUACUAUUUAAAUGUCAUUAUGACAUAAUUUUAACAUUAUAAUGACACUUUUGCAAUGUCAUCAUGACUUAUUUUCAAUGUCAUUAUGACAUUUUUUAAACAUUAUAAUGAUACUUUUUUAAUCCUAAUGACGCUAUUUUUUAGCUAGAAUAACAACUUUUUAUUUUUUUUAGUCAUUAUGACACAUUUUUCAUGUCAUUAUGACAACUUUUCAAUACAUUUUACUUACUCUUUAAUUCUAGACUCCGGAGCCGGCGAAGGCCAAGGAAAAGGAGCUCCAGAAUUCGUCGAGCUUCUCAAAUCAUGCACAGUACCAGAAGAACAGAAAGCGGUACUAUCGUGCGAAGUCAAAGGAGCACCACGCCCAACCAUCAAGUGGUACAAGAAUGGUGCUGAGAUCAAGGACUCGGACGAGGUUAAGUUGGAGUACGCCGAGGACGGUCGCUGCACGUUGACCAUCAACAAGGCCAAGAUGGACGACUCUGCCGAGUACCGUUGUCUGGCCGAGAACGAUCAUGGCACGGCCUGGACCGAAGGCCCCAUCGUCGUCACGUCGAAGGACGCGCCGAAGAUUGACGGUGAAGCUCCAGAUUUCGUUCAACCAGUGAAGCCAGUCAUCGUGGAAGCGAGCAAGGAUGCUGUCUUCGUGGGUAAGGUCACGGGAGCACCAUUCCCAACCAUCAAGUGGUACCGUGGCAAAGAGGAGAUUAGUCCAGCUGAUGCCAAGUUCAAGAUUGAAAGUGAAGCUGAUGGAAUUCAGAGGCUGAUCGUUAAGGACUGUAAGCUUGAGGAUGCUGGAGACUUCAGAUGCUCAGCUUCCAACGAGCACGGUGAUGUUUGGUCCGAUACUAUACUCACUGUUACUAGUAGGUUUAGGGGGUUUAAGGGCAUUUUGGGGGGGGGGGUUUUGAAAAAAGAAUUUUGAAAUUUAAAAUUUUUCAAAAUUUAAAUUAAAUUUUAAAAUCCAAAUUUUAGCCCCCAAGGUCAAAGCUCCAGAAUUCGAAAAAGAGCUGGAAGCCGUCGACGCCAAACAAGGAGAAGAUGCGAUCUUCGAAUGCAAAUUGGCCGACGAUGACAACAGCAAAGUCGACUGGUACAAGGGCAAUGAGAAGCUGGUACCCUCGGACAAUGUCAUCAUUGAAGCCCUACCCAACGGUGUGCACCGCCUCAUCUUGAAGAACGUAUCCCAAGGUGAUCAGGGCAACUACCGAGUCGAGGCCACGAACCCAUCAGGCUCGGCCUCGUCCAAGGCUCCACUCAACGUGCAACCUGCUUCAGAAUUCAAGCUUAAGAAGGGACUACAAGACCAGAGCCUUCACCGUGGCCAGAAGCUUCAUCUGUCAGUUGAAGUCGAAGGUAAACCAUCGACUGUCAAGUGGUACAAGGAUGAACAAGAAGUAGUCGGCAGUAGCAAGGUCGUGAUUCAGAAGGUCACCGACGAAGUUUACAGCCUCACGGUGGAGAACAGCGAGCUGAGUGACACGGGAAGCUACAAGGUCUUCCUAAGCAAUGGCAUUCAGUCUAUUGAAUCCAGCUGCAAGGUCACGGUAACCGAAGGAGUACAAGCUCCAAGCUUCAGAAAACCAUUGAAUGAUGCUACAGUACCCAAAGGAGCUCCAAUAAGACUAGAAGUGGAGGUUGAUGGUAACCCAACUUCAGUGAAAUGGUUCAAAGAUGGUGAACCACUACCAGACAACAUUGCUCAAGACCUUGGCAAUGGCAAAUACGCUCUGAACAUCCCAGAAGCCAAGGCUGAAGACUUUGGCCGCUACUCAGUCCAAGUGGCCAAUGAAGCUGGCCAAGCAUCGUCUGCAGCCAAUGUUAAUGAAGACAAGAGCGGCCUAGACGAAGGUAAGGGUAAGGAAGGUGAAGGAGAAGGCAAAGAAGCCGGAGAGAAGCCCAAGAUCGUCGAAGGCUUGGUCCCACAGACCGUACAAGUUGGUGAGCCAGCCCGCUUCCAAAUCAAGGUCGCCGGACCAGUCAAACAGGUCAAGUGGUACAAGAACGGCAAAGAGCUGGGACCAGAACAGGCCAAAGAAGUGGCCCCAGGUGUUUACGCUCUGGAGAUUCCAGAAGCCGAAAAAUCGGAUUCUGGAGACUUCAAGGUGGUCGUCUCCAACGAUCACGGUGAAGCCGAUUCUUCAGCUGCUCUUACCGUGAAACUACCACCAAUCAAGAUUGUGAAAGGCCUCGAAGAUACCGAGGUACCAAAAGGAGCAGAAGCCAUAUUAUACUUGGAAACAGACCGACCACCAAAGGCCAUCAAGUGGUACAAGAAUGGCAAGGAAUUGGGACCAAGCGAGAAGCCCAAGGCUUCAGAAGUCAAGCCAAACUCCUUCCAACUGGUCAUUCCAGAAGCCGACGACGAUGAUGCCGGCACAUUCAAAGCCAUCGUCUUUAAUGAUGAUGAUGAACCAACGGAAACGUUCUGUGCUCUCACUGUGAAGCUACCACCAAAGGUGAAUGAGAAACCAAAGAUUCUGGAUGGACUGGUCGAUAAAUUUGUGCCGGUUGGCAAGGAAUUGGAGGCGGCUAUUAAGGUACGAUACUGUAGUUUACGGUUGGAAUUUUUUGGGUCCCACAACGAAAAUAUGAAAAAUUUGGAAUUUGGAAAAAAUUCAAAAAAAUUUUAUAUUGUUUUUGGGCCUUAAAACGAAAACAAUUGCUCAUUUUUUAUGUGUCGAAAAAAAUAUUUUUAAUGGGGGUCCCACUACGAAAACAUGAAAAAUCAUAAAAUUAGAAAGAAAUGUUUUGGGCCUCACAACGAAAACAAGCACAAUUUAAAAAUUUAAUUUUUAGACCUCUGGCAACCCAACCGAAGUCAAAUGGUACAAGAAUGGAGCCGAACUCACUCCAUCAGCUACAUUACUCAUCCAGAAGGUCGAUGACAACACCUUCACCAUCAGAAUCCCCAAGUCCACCUUGGACGAUACUGGCAACUACGAGGUUGUCGUAUCUAACAGCCUCGGAUCCGACGAAUCCAAGGGCGUGAUCACGGUGGAAGAGGCGAUCUCGUUCCUGAAGCCAUUGAAGGAUCAAGAAGUAAUCGAAGGCGAAAGGGUCGAGUUCACGGUAGAAACCAACACCAAGCCUCAUACCAUCAAGUGGUACCGUAACGGUCAAGAGAUUGCUCCUGACAACAGAAUCGAACUGACUCAAGAUGGAAAUGUCAUCAGCUGUGUCCUCAAAUGGGCUCAGUCUACGGAUCAAGGCCAGUUCAAGGUGGUGUUGACCAACUCGCACGGUCCAGCCGAAUCCCAAGCCAAGCUCACCGUGAACAAGAAGCUCACGCCAGCGCCGAAGAUCGUGAAAGGCCUUGAAGACGCCAUCGUGGCCAAAGGAGAUGCUAUCAUCUUCGAAGUUGUGGUUGAUGGUGAAGUCACGGACGUCAAGUGGCUGAAGGACGGCAAGAACGUCACCAACGAGCCAAGCUUCAACGUGGAGAAGGUCGAUGACAAAACCUUCAAACUCACGAUUCCGGCUUCAGAAUUGGAUCACGCUGGCGACUACGAGGUUCAACUCUCCAACGAUGGAGGCAAAGCAACAUCGUCGGCCGUCGCUGAAGUUGACGAACUUCCGAAGAUCGUCAAGGGCUUGAUUCCAGGCGACGUUGACGAAGGAGAUGAACAUCUGUUCCGAGUGGAAGUCUCGGCUCCAGUACGUCAAGUCAAGUGGUACAAGAACGGUCAAGAACUGGCCGAAUCACCUCAGGUCCAGAUGAAGAAGGUAUCGCCCAAGAAGUACGAACUCCUGUUGCCAAAGUCACUGGCCGAAGAUGCCGGCGACUACAAGGUGGUACUCUCGAACAAGGCUGGCUCAUGUGAUUCAGAAGCCCCAUUGACCGUGAAGAAGCUUCAGACCGUGAAGAUCGUGAAGCCACUUCAAGAUGUCACGCUUGACGAAGGUCAAGAACUGGUACUGUCAUGUCAAGUCGAAGGAGUACCAAAAGGAGUCAAAUGGUACAGGAACGGCCAAGAAGUCACACCAUCGGACCGUGUCAUCUUAUCAGCUAAUGAUAACGGCGAAUACACCCUCAAGGUACCAUCGUCACAACCUGGAGAUGGAGCCGCUUAUCGUAUCGUGUUCGAGACGGACAAGGGUGAUGUACAGUCUGGCUGCGUAGCACAUGUUCGGCCGAAGAAGGUGGAAGAAGAAAAGACCACGCCCACCUUCGUAUCUCCACUCCAAGAUACCACGAUUCCAGAAGGCGAGAUCCUGACUCUCAAGUGUCAAGUCCACGGAAAACCCGCUCCAACUGUCAAAUGGUACCGCAACGGCCAAGAACUGGUACCGUCGGAUCGUAUCGUACAAAGAUUGGCCUUGGACGGCACGGCUACACUCAGAAUCAUGGACGCCAAGAAGGAGGACGCUGGAGACUUCAAGGUCGUGGCUACAAACGAUUCUGGCAGUGCCGAGAGUGCUUGUGUAGUCAAGGUACUGUCAGGUGAUGAACUACCAUCAGCACCCAAGUUCGUGAUCCCACUCAAGGAUACUAAGACACCGUUGGACGGCACGGCCAUCUUCAACGUGAAAGUCAAAGGAACGCCGAAGCCAGAAGUCGUCUUUACUCUCAACGGUAGACCAAUAGCGGCCGAUGGCCAAAGAAUCAUUGUCGAAGAUUUGGCCGACGGUAACUUCUGUCUCACCAUCAAGAACGUCACGGACGCCGACUUUGGCACGCUGAAGUGCACGGCCACAAACGAGAACGGCAAGGCCGAGUGUAGCGCCAACUUUGGUGAGGACGACUCACAAAAGGGAGCCAAGGAGGAGGAAGGAUACCCUCCGAAGUUCAACGUGCCAUUAUGGGAUCGUCGUGUCAUCGAUCGUCAACCCACCAGCAUCGAAUGUCACGUCGACGCCAAGCCUCGAGCCGACAUCACCUGGUUCAAGGACGGCAAGGAACUCACCUCACAGCCCGGAAUCGAAAUCGACAACUCUUUCGACGGAGCGUGCCGCGUAAGAUUCACAGAAUUCAGCCAAGAACACUGUGGCCAAUACAAAUGCGUAGCCAAGAACGAGUACGGUGUAGCCGACACCAUCAGCCAUCUGAGCAUCGAAACAGAAGGCGGCGAGGAAGCGGCCGAAGAGAAGGAAUCCGCCCCCAAGUUCAACCCCGGCCUCACCGACGCCAAAAUCAACGAAGGCGAGAAUCUGGAGCUAUCGUGCAAGGUCGAAGGCACGCCGAAGCCCUCCAUCGUCUGGUACAAAGAUGGUAUCCCACUCACGGCUUCUGACAUUAUAUCGAUUGAUCAAGAAGACGAUGGAACAUGCCGUCUUCGCAUCAAUGGAGCUACAGCACAACAUCAAGGUGCCUACAGAUGUGUAGCCUCGAACAAGAACGGCACCACCAACACCGCCUGCCUGGUCACGGUACACGCGGAGAAGGAGGAGAAGAAGAAGGAAGGAGCCGAACCAUUCUUCACCAAAGGCCUGGUCGAUCAAUGGCUCGACCGAGGCGAAACCCUCACGCUACACUGUGAAGUCGAAGGAGACCCCAAGCCCGAAAUCAAAUGGUACCGCAACGGUAUGCUACUGAAGCCCAACGACAAGAUCACGAUCGAAAACACUCCAGACGGCAAGUGCACAUGCAUCAUCAAGGACUGCAACAUGACCGACGAAGGCGUCUACCGUUGCGAAGCUGAGAACGCGCACGGUAAAGCCAAAACUCAAUGUAACGCUCACGUUGACAUGGAGCUAUCAAAGGCCGAACCUCUGAAGGUUGAGGAAGGUCAAGCUCCACGCUUCAUCAUCCCAUUGGAGGACGUUACCACGGUAAAAGGGUCGAAUGUAGCCUUGGAAUGCAAGGUUACUGGCACUCCAAUGCCAUCGUGCAAGUGGACCAAGGACGGUGUGCCACUGUUCGACGAUUCACGCUACGAAUGGGACAACAACCCAGCCGCCGGUACCUAUCGCUUGUUGAUCAAGGACUUUACUCAACACUACGAAGGCACUUACCGUUGUGUAGCCACGAAUGAAGCCGGCUCUGCUACAACCAAGGCCUUUGUGAAGCUGGACGAUUCUGUGAGCGACAGAAAGGACGUUCGGCCACCGAACAUUAGUGCCAAGCUAUCUGAUGUUAGGGUAAACGAAGGUCAGCCUCUGAAGCUGGAAUGCCGCAUAGACUCGGAUGUCACACCCGAGGUGGUCUGGUACAAAGAUGGUGCCAAAGUCUCACCAUCCGACCGCAUUCAACUCGAACUCACUCCCGACGGCUACGCUCGCCUCAUCAUCCCAUCGGCUACACUCGACGAUGAUGGCAUGUAUCGUAUCGUAGCUUCAAAUGAAGCCGGCUCCGCUCACGACAAAUGCACGGCUACAGUCAAGAAGUCGGCUAGACCGGCCGAAGACCUCAGCGGCCUCGGCGACGGCUACGAAGCCGGCAAAGCCCCCAAGGUGGUGAUCCCAUUGGAGACGAUCCGCGUGAACGAGAAGAACGGCUUCACGCUACGAUGCAAGUUCUCCGGAGCCCCGAAGCUGGCCAUCAAAUGGUUCAAGGACGGCGAACGUCUAUAUUCAUAUAGUCACGCUCAGAUCACGGAGAACGAGGACGGCUCUACCGAGCUCGUCGUAACAGAAUCCGCCAAAUCAGACGCCGGAACCUACCGUUGUGUAGCCGAGAAUGACUUUGGAAGUGCAAGAACGACUGGUCAAGUCACAGUAACCGCCAAGAGUCGCCAACCCCGCAACAUUAACGAGCAGUUGAACAAGGGCAAGGCUCCAGGCUUCACGAUCCCAUUGACCAUCAAGAAGGCCAAGUUGGGAGAGACUGUCACCUUCGAAUGUCUACCUUACGGUGAACCCUUCCCCACGAUCAAGUGGAUGAAGGACGGCAUGGAGCUGUUACCUAAAGAUGGCAUCACAAUCGAAGCUGCUGAAGACGGAACUCAACGAUUGAUCGUAGCUAAUGUUGAUCAGCUGAGUGAAGGCUACUACAGAUGUGUGGCUACGAACGAGCACGGUACGGCUAGUACCAAAGCUGAGCUGGUUCUUAUUGGUAAGUUUUUUGAAUGUUUGGGUUAUAAUAUCAUGCUAGGGGUUUAUAUUAUAGUAGGGGGUUGAAAAAAGUCUUGUCGUCAUUUUAUAUGUAUUUUCAUAGGUAAAACGACACGACUUUUUGAAAGCUAUUAAAAUUGAAUAAACGUAUUAAAAUAGAUUGCCAUAUGAUGAUAUGGCACUAGAUAGUAAUAUAAGGCUAAUAAAGCAUACUUUUUUUAUCUAAAAACAAAAAAAUAUAUUGUGGAUAUUAACCAUGAUGAGUAUCUUUAUUCACGAGAUUUUAUAGGAUAAUGAAGCACUGAGCUUAAGUGCGAUACUAAAACGUAACUAAUAUUAUUGUAGGUGAUAUUAAGGACUAUAUAGAAGACAAUAUUAACUUUUUGGAGUGUAAAAAUACUAAAAAGUCUAUCUAAAAAUGGCAAAAAAGAUCAAACAAUCCCCAAAAAGAACAAAAAUAAUCCAAAAAGGAACAAAAAGUACCCAAAAAAGGUCAAAAAUCACUCAAAAAGUGAAGAAAAACAAUGAAAAGUAUCCAAAAACCUAGAAAUGACUAAAUUAAAGAUCGAAUUUACAAAUAGUAACAACAUCUUCUAGGACCCGAGUAGGAUGAUAGUUAUACCAUUGUUUUGAAGUGACAUUCAUAACCAAAAUUGUGGAUGUUUUAUAGGAUGAAUUGGGUUGAUCUUCACCCCAAUUUGAGUAUGAGGGGAAGUAGGUGUCUAAAAGAAGGUAUUAGGAGAUUUUUUGGCUUUAAAAUUGUUGGCAAUAGUAGGAGCAGGUCAAAAAAUUAUUGCCAAUAGUAUGUAUGAUAAGGCCAGAAAAUUGUUGCCACUGGUAUGAAACAUUUUCAAAUUUAUUUUUGACCAAAAAAAUUGUUUAAAACCUCAUUAUUAAUGAAAAAACCACUAAAUUUAUGUUUUCAAAAGUUAUAGCUCAGUUUUUCAAUGACAAAACUUCUAAAUUUACAUUUUUAACCCCCUAAAAUUAAAUUUUUAAAACAAAAUACUUACUAUCAAACCAUGACCAUAAUUUUUUAUCACUUGGGUUGCCAAUAGCUCCAAGAUAAGCGUUUUUAUUACCUGUUUUUGAUGCCAAUUCUGAAAAAAAAUGCAAAAAAAUGAUAUUUUAAAGCUAUUUUUCGUUUUAGCAGAGCCCAGUAGACUUAGAAGGAGGCCCACUAGGUCGGGCCAGAUCUCGGCCUGGCCUGGGACGAAGAAAAUUUUGAAAGAGGCCGGGCCAGCACAUGUGGGUCCGAAGGCCGGAGGCCAACCCCAAUGCCCCAGGGGACUAAACCAAGGCCUUAAUAGUCCAGCUUAGGUCCCGCAACGAAAUUUUUUUAAUUUGAAGCUGUGUUUCUCUGAUCAUAAAAAAAAUUUCACCAUUUCUUACUUCUCCCUUCUACCCCUACGCCCACUUUGCCGAAAUUUUAAAGAUGUAAGGUAACGGUCUAGCUACCUAUAUUUCUAACUCUUUCAAAAAUCUCUAAACUUUCAAAAUAACAAUAAAAACCACAAAAACUCACUAGCAACAAACUCAUUCUCCCUUUCAUUAUGAAUUGUCACAAUAUGACCAUCCACAUCGAAAGGUCGGGUAAUUUUCCAACAAAACUUGUCAGCUAACGACCACCUCUUAAUGUCAUUGGCUGUAUAAUAACAAGCUGAUGUUCUCGGGUUGUGAAUCCAGUUAGAUGGACAGGGAGAAUGAAUAACUGGUUGAAUAGGGUCGAUUUCACAAAUUACAUUUGCUUUUUUGGUACAACUUCUUUUGGUAGUACCCUUCAGGGUUUUGUAGGUACAGGGGGUAGAUGACUUUGUCCAGUAGGGGGUUAGGAAGGUUAGGGUUUCUGAAAAAAUGAUAAUAGUGUAAAAAAAGGAAUUUCAGUGAUUAUGGUUUUUAGUCACAAAAUCCAUUUUUAAUAUUUUUUAAAUCAGUUUUUGGAAUUUUGAUGUUUUCGUGUUGGGACCAAAAUGGUCUUACCACGAAAAAUUGAUUUUUUAGCAUAGUAUGAGAAGUUAUAUAUUUAAAAAAAUAGCUUUUUCAAAAUUAUAAUUAAAAAUCGAUUUUUAUGCAAAAAUCAAAAUUUUAUAUGUUUUCGUGGUGGGACCAAAAUGGUCCUAACACGAAAACUUGGUUUUGGCAUUAUAUUACAUGUAUGCAUUGAAAAAUCAAAGAAAUGGUUUAGAAAUGGUGAAAUAAACAUUUUGUACUAAAUUUUAAAAAAAAAUUUAAGAUUUAUGAAAAACUUAAUUUUUGUGCUGGGUCUUACAACGAAAACUGGAUUUUGAAGAAAUUAUGGCUAAUUUUUGAUCUACAAUUAAUAGUUUUGAAACGAAAACGUUUUUGAAAGUAAAAUACGAGCCAUUUUGGGUUUUUGAAUGUAAAAUACGAUGCGUCCAGUAAUUUUUUAAUUAAAAACUUACCAUGACCAUUGCCAACCGUUCCACCCAAACUUUUGCAAAACUCUUCGGCCUCAUUAUACCUCAUUUGACGCCGAAUAAACCUUAAGCACUUAUCAUUAGCUUCGUGCCAUUCCCAUCUAUCAGGACAGCCGGAAACUCUGGCUAAACCUAAAAUAAAGAGCAGCAACCACUUCAUUCGGUCGAUUUAAUUAAUUACUUUAAAGCGACAAAAGGAAGGGGUGUCGAUUUCAAAUUACCUAAUCAAUUACUUUUUUAUGAUAACAUUAAUUAAACACUUGAGGAUGCGUUUCGAAAAGAUUUUAAAUUUUUCGAAAUUAAAAAAUUUUUUUGAAAAAUUUGAAAUUUGAAAAAAAAUUUUAAAAAAUGAAAUUUUCGGAAAUUGAAAAAUUGAAAAAAUUAAAAUUUUUAAAAAUUUGAAUUAUGGAAUUCAAAAAAUUUACAAAAAUUUUAAAAAUCCAUGCCAGAACCCACCCUAACAUACCUACCUUCAGGUGACAAACGCCCCAAACCAGCCGAAGAAGCUCCAGCCGAACCCGAAGAAGGCAAGCCCAGAAUCCGCCCAGGCCUUCACAACCAGUCGAUUCAUCAAGGCAACACGAUCGAGAUGCAGAUCUGUGCUCUCGGCCUACCCACUCCAACUGUCAAGUGGUACAAAGACGGUGAAGAGAUCCAUUCGGAUGGUGCUGAAGGCAAACGUACCAUCUGGACGGACGAACGAGGCUUCCAUCACUGUGUCAUCAUCAACGCGGCACCAGAAGACGAAGGUGAAUACUCGGUGGUGGCUACGAACCCUCACGGUGAAGCCAGAAGUGUAGGUAACGUGAGCGUGAUCCUGCCCAGAGCGGCGGCCGAUGAGGACGGUCAUCACGGUAUACCGUUCCCACCCGGCUUCAUUCGUCAACUCAAGAACAAACACGUGUUCACGAAGUUGCCCACGAUCUUCGACUGCCUCGUGGUCGGCUACCCGCCUCCAGAAGUCGAAUGGUUCCACAACGGUAAGAGAAUCACUCCAGGCGGCAGAAUCAAGAUCCAAUCAUGCGGAGGCGGCUCACACGCUCUCCUGAUCACCGACACAACUCCAGAAGACGCAGGAGAAUAUGUAGCCAUCGCCAAGAACUCUCACGGUACCGCCUCGAGUUCAGCCAUUCUCGAUGUUACAGUACCCCAUCUAGACGAGAUCAAGUUCGAUGGAACGAUCGACAUCACACCGUACCUCACGGAAGAGUAUGGCUUCAAGAAAAUCAACUACAAAUGCUUACCGACCCCACCCGACUAUGGACCUUUCAUCAAAGAAGUCACCGGACAUUACCUCACCUUAUCAUGGAUACCUACCAAACGAUCUCCACCCAGAUACCCACAGGUCACGUAUGUUGUCGAAAUCCGAGAACUACCCUACAGGGACUGGACAUUGGUGAGUUUGUGGAUACUUUGGGCUAAAAAUACGGUUUUGGGGGGUUUUAGGCAGUUUUAUGUUUUCGUGGUGGGACCAAAAAUUUUGAAAAUUUCUUAAUUUGGGGCUAAAUAAUGAUAUAUUACAAUAUUUGAGCAAUAUUUUGUAUUUUUAGCAUGAAGAUAGCCGUUUUUAAGCUUAUUCAGGUUUUCGUGGUGAGACCAAAACCAACCUGCCAAGUCACUAAAAAAUUUUUAAAACCCAAAAUUUCAGCUUGACUACAACAUUCCCGAACCUGUAUGCAAAGUCCGCAACCUGGAGCUGGGCAAGAGCUACCAAUUCCGCGUUCGUGCUGAAAACAUUUACGGUAUCUCGGACCCCAGCCCCGCCUCCCCACCCUCACGCCUCAUGGCUCCACCUCAGCCGGUCAUGGACAGGAACAAGCGCAUCAUUCCUCUCCUCGACCCCUACGCCGAGCGUGCCCUGGACCUGGCAUACGCCGAACAGUACGCCUGUGCGCCAUGGUUUGCGCCUGGUGCGGUGGACAAACGCUACUGUGCCGAGAACGAUACCCUCAUCGUGAACAUCAAGUACUCGGGCUAUCCCGACCCGAAGAUUGUUUGGAAGUUCCGAGGAUGGGAUGUGGAUUCGGCUAGUCCAACCUCGAAUCUCAAGGUCACGACUUAUGGUGGAAGUGACACAACGUUGACUAUCAGCAGUUUCUCGAGGGAGAAUGUAGGACAAUAUCAGGUUAUUGCCACGAAUCAGUACGGCGAAGCACAACAGAAUGUUUAUAUUGAUUUAGCGAGUAAGUUAACAUAUCUUAGCAUGAAAUUUAGGCUGAUAUAGUUUAUUAAUGUAAGAAGUAAAAAAUUAAAGAUUAUAUUAUGUUAUACUAGAGAUUUAGUGGUACCUCUUUGAAAAUUAGUGAUAUUUCAAAUAACACUUGACGAGAAUUCCUAAAAUUUUAAUUUAUGAUAGAUAAGAUGUCGUAUUUUAAUUUACAAUAAUUUUUUUUGUAAAGUUUUUAUGGGUCAUUUAAAAAAUGACAAUAAUCUGGUUGUAAUCAGUAAAAAUUUGAAAAAAGAUGGUAUCUUUUAGAAAAUUAGUCAUAUCUUUCGAAAAAAUACUUGAAAACAAACCAAAUUUAGAUAUAUCAUUGAUAAUAAACUGUAUUUCAGCACGACCAACUUUCCUACAACCCCUGAACAACAGGACGUUCCAGACUGGCGCUCCAGUCAAGCUGGACGUCCGCAUUGAAGGAUCUCCAUUCCCCGAAGUGAAAUGGAUGAAAGUGAGUUUUUUUGUGUGUUACUUACGUAUUUUACAUCUAUUUGAGUUUUUAUUUUUCAUUUUUUUGUUAGUUUUAAUAAAUAAUGGCAUCUUUAGAAGCUUUUGUAAUUUUUGCACGGUGCAGUUUAUAAAAUUGGACUGCACUGUGCAGACAUUUAAAAAUAUUUGAUUUUGACUAAAAUUAAAUUGUAUAUCAAUUAAAAAUUAUUUUUUUACAAUUCUAGAUCCUAAAAACCACCUAUAAUGUUGUUUUAGGUUCAAAAAUUAAUUUUUUCAAAUUUAACUUACACCUGAUACCUAACAUAAUAUAACAAACCCUUUGCAGGAAUGGCACCCAGUAGUCGAGUCCUCACGCAUUAAGAUCGUCAGAGAAGGACCUUAUCUCUGCUCACUGAUCAUCAACGACCCCAUGUGGAGGGACUCGGGCAUCUACUCGUGUGUCGCCUACAACGAUGCCGGCCAGGCAUCAACCUCGUGCUCAAUCGAUGUCGAUGGUAAGGUUUUGGAGUGGGUUUGGGUUUGAAAAUUGUUUUAUAAAUUAUAUGACAGACUAGACGAAUAUCAACAUUUUAACUUCAAUUCCCCAAUUUCAGAAGUCAUUGACUACUCGACGCCACGGCCCAAACGAAAAGUGGACCUGGAGCAGAAGAACGUGCGCGAGAUCUACGAGAUCGCCGAAGAGGACGAGCCCUCGAUUGCCGAGUAA